AGCUUAUUAAUCUUUAUAAUCAAGGGUCUUUCAGUAAAUUAAAUUUUUGGUGUUUGUGUGGGUAGUGCAAUUAUCUCACCAUGCCUUGGACAGAGGAUAUCUUGCUUUUUGCAGUGGUUGUGAUGAGACUGAUUUCCUCUUUAAGGGCUGAUCUUGAGGCUUUUUCUGAAAUGGGUGCUGUUUAUGGAGCAGUCUCUGAAAACACAAUCCGUUUCGGCAAACUUUUAAUUGGCGCUCAAGGUACAGCAUCUGGCAAAGAAAUAAGAGCAUCUGCACUGAAAUCAGCAGAACAGUUUGAUGAAUAUCAGUCAAAAGAAGGGCAGUUCCGCCUUGCUGAAACGAAGCUGCAUCGUCUGGGUCCUUCAGUGCGCUGUGGAAAUGAUUCAAUGACCUUGCACAUUCCAGGGGCAAUAAGAACACCACACUUUCUGGUUGAUCGAGGAGAUCGGUCAACAGUGCCUCUGUCUGAAAUGCCAGCCAGCUGUGGUUUCUCACUGAAGCGGGCACGCAGAGAUGUUUCUCUUGUUGCUCCAUACCAGGGCUGCCAUGUCAGACGACAGGGUGGAAGUUAUAUUCUGCCACUGCUUAUAAUGGGGGCUCCAGUGCAAAUGUCUUGCCCUGUGAGUCCUCGCCUCCCUACAGUGUCCUGCUUUCCCUCUUCCAUGACUAUCUCACUUGGUGUCAGAGUAGAUGAUGUUCAAGUUAAAGUUGAUGGAUCAUGGCAGCCUUUGCUUCUAACAUAUUCUAAAUGCUCGUUCACAUUGGCGACUGUUGAUGGUUCACUGGUUGUCACUGCACCGUUCACAGGAAGCUGUUGGGAAGUGAAGGAUACUGAAAUGCAGCUCCCUUUGAUGUACGGUGACCGGGAAGUGACUCUUUCUUGUCCUGUGACUCCACCAACGCCGGCCCCAACAACCAUUGCUCCUACUGCUGCUCCUGUCCAGGACCCAUUGGACAGUCAACAAAUGUUCUACCCUUUCCCAUUUGGAGGACCCUGGUGGUAUCCUCAUUCUCCUGGUCACCCUGUACCUCCUACUGUGCCGCCGACUACAACGACAAUAAUGACGACGACGACGACGACUCCCCCUCCUGUUCAAGACCCCAUCCAACAUGUGUUCCCUCACAUGUAUCCCAUGUCAAUGUUUGAUCCUUCCUUUCAUUCUAGUGGUUCCACAGCACAAUGGCCCAGGUACCCUAUGUUUCCUCCCUAUAUGUACCAUUUCAGGAGCCCAGUUGAAGCAACCACUCCUGCAACAACUACACCUUCCACAACCACUGCUGCCCAGUUUGAGCAGUUUGCAGGUUAUCCUCCAAUGUACCAAAUGUACUAUGGGCCUCAACCCUUCAAGUCUUUUGUUCCUCCUGGUGUAAAAUACCCCUUCAUGCCCUAGCAUCCUCAAGAUCCAGUGUUUGCUGGAUCUCCUGCUCCGUCACCGUAUGGGUCUCACAGACAAUGUUAACGUGAGAUGAAUGAGUGCAGAGUUGCUUCAAAGUGGUUUAGAUGCUGAAAGAAAAUUUAGUGACCUUACUUUCUUUUCCAGGUUCACUUAAACCUAAUAAAGCUUCAUGAGACCCCAA